AUGGGGGAGAAAGUCGGCGUAAUUCCUCCCCCCGCUGGGGUGACGCCUGAUUUCGACUAUUCCAAUCCAUGGGAACUGAAGACAGAUUUGGUCAUUGUUGGCAUUGGUUUGACUUUAAGCACACUCUUUUUGGCUAUGCGAAUUUACACUCGAGCGUGUCUGCUAUCAAAAUUUGGAUGGGAUGAUGAUAUUUUCCUUGGGAACGCAAGUUAUGGCUAUCGCUUCGGUGGAACCGGAAUCCAUAUGUGGAAUGUGACUCCAGAGAUGUUCACCGUCUUCCAAAAGGUCAUUCUCGCCGCCGCUGUUAUCUACGUCCCAGCUCUCGCAUUCGCCAAGGUCGCCCUGAUCAUUCUUUACCACCGCAUCGUGAAUAAACAACCUCUCUACGUGUGGUCGCUCCAUAUAAUUUCGGCUAUCGUUUGCGGAUACAGUAUUGCCAUCGUCUUUGCUUUGAUCUUUGCAUGCAAUCCUAUUGAAAGAGGAUGGAACGCUGCCAUCACGACUGGUUAUUGCGUCAAUCGCAAUGGCUUGUAUAUCGCAACAGCAGUCACAAACAUCGUCACCGAUAUCGCUCUCCUGGUGUUUCCUUUCCCUCUAGUACUUGGCCUGCAGAUGCCACGCAUUCAAAAAGUGGGACUGCUGAUAAUGUUCAUCGUCGGUUGCGCCACGCUCAUUACAAGUAUUCUACGACUCACGACCUUAAUCGCCUAUCUAAAGACAACCGACUUGACAUACCAGUUAGCCCCAUCCCAGCUCUGGAUCUACGUCGAAGCCAACCUCAUUAUCAUCUGCCCCUGUCUACCUUUCCUUCGCCAAUUCAUGCGCCGCUACUCACCCACCUGGAUCGGCGAAAGCGGCCGACGCUAUUUCCGCGAAUACAGUUCCGGCACCACGGGCCUCUCGCGCAGCCGUCGCAAGCAGGGACUCAGCCGUCUACAAGAUGAUAUCGCUUUAGCAGAAAAUGCCGAAAGCACACACAGCCAGUCCCACAUUAUCAAAGAGGUUCAAUGGCAAGUGACGGAAGAGCGAAUGGAACCGGGAUCAUCACGCAGUGACUCACGCAGCGACGCCCAAAUUCACCGGGAAUAA